AUGUCCCCUCUCUACUCAGCCCAUUCCAUCCAAACUCCCACGCCUCCCCCUCCUGCUCUGGUUACAGCCGCCACCCCUCAAUUUGUGGCUGUCAAAGUAGACCACCCUGACCCUUACAAGAGGAAAGUGGGAAGUGAGGCCAAGCAGUGGUUGACCUGCAUGCUUGCGUGGGUCUGCCUAAACCAACAGAUGUUCCCCACUCAGGUGGAAAUCCUAUCAUUCUUGCUUAUGAACAUGGAGGACACGGCUGGUGCAUGUGCCCACCUGCAUCUAGACCUUUUAGGGUCCCAUUGCACAAUCAUCCAAAACACAGAUGACUUCAAAAGGGAAUUCCUGGCAGCCUUUGGAGAUCCAGAUUCCACAAGGGCAGCAGAGCAAAAAAUCACAUUGCUUACACAGACCAGCACAUGUGCCAAUUACAUCACCAAGUUCCACACCUUGGCUAUGGAAUUGGACUGGAACAAUGCAGCCCUUAGGGGUCAAUUUGCACAAGGCCUCCACUGGGAGGUUAGCCAGCAGAUUGCAACCUGCAAACGCCGCCCCACAAUGCUCCUAGAGUUGCAGAACACAGCUCUACUUAUUGACAAUGCUCUUCAAGAAGAAAGGGCCAGCCACCUGCCUAAGGGUAUUAAGUCUGGCAGUUCAUCUACCCCCAAUAGGGGGAUGAUUACCAGCCAAUUGGCCACAACCUCAAAGAAACUUUCCAAUGACCCCAAUUUUGUGUUGGAAGAGGAGUGUAACCACUGCCACGCCAAAGGUGCCUGUAUCAAGUGUGGGAAGAUGGGGCAUAAAUUUGUGGAAUGCCGCACAGGAUGGAAGGCAACCCCCAAAGAGGACAAGGGGAAGCCUAAGGAAACUGCCAAGAUUGGCAAAGAGUCUAGACCUGAAUCAGGAAAGGACUAA